UUCGCGCGCUGGAUGCUAAGUGAUAAAAUGCAGAGCGCCCCAUUUUCAUGGGAGGGACGACUGGUGCAUUGCCAUGUUCUUCAGCGAUGUCGUCCCAACCAUCCAUCGCUACGUCUCUCUCAUCACAAGAUGCGUCGCCAAGAAACACUUGAAGCUCGGCAUGACCCUCCACUCUCACCUCAUCAAGACCGCACUCACCAGCGACCCUUUCAUCGUCAACCAUCUAAUUGGUAUGUACUCCAAAUGCUCUUCCAUCCGAAGCGCCCACAAGGCUUUUGAUGAUCUUGAUACAAAGAAUGAUUGCUCUUGGAACACCAUCGUAUCUGCGUAUGCCCGGAUUGGCGAUUUCAAGAAAGCGCUCGGCUUGUUCGAUGAAAUGCCGCAGAGGGCUCUAGUCUCUUAUAAUUCAUUGAUUUCUGGGUUGUCCCGUCAUGGGUUUUAUGUGGAGUCUCUGAGUAUCUUCAUGCAGAUGCAAAAGGAAUAUGAUUGUCUGUUCAUGGAUGAAUUUACUUUUGUGGGUGUUGUGGGUGCCUGUGCUCACUUGGGUGCAUUUAAGUUCUUGCGCCAGGUUCAUGGAGUUGCCAUCAUAAUGGGCUUGGAAUUUACUAUGAUAACUUACAAUUCCCUCAUUGAUGCUUAUGGUAAAUGUGGUGGAGCUAAUAUAUGCCGUACCUUGUUCGACGUUAUGCCUGAAAAGGAUAUUGUGUCGUGGACUUCCCUGAUUGUUGCUUAUACUCGAGCUCAUAACUUAGAUGAUGCUUGUGCAAUAUUCAACAAUAUGCCAACAAAGAACACAGUCUCUUGGACUGCACUGAUCGCAGGCUUUGCGCAGAAUGGACGUGGUGCUGAAGCUUUGGACCUUUUUGUUCAAAUGCAUGAGGAAGGAAUACCGCCAAGUCCUCAUACUUUUGUCAGUGUUCUAUGUGCUUGUGCUGAUCGAGCACUUGCUGAAAGAGGCAAACAGAUUCAUGGUUGCAUCGUUAGGACCUGCUUUAAUAGAGAUUUGGAUAACAUAUUUAUUUGGAAUGCUCUAAUUGACAUGUAUUGCAAGUGUGGUGACAUGAGAUCAGCUGAGAUCUUAUUCUUGACGAUGCCGGAAAGGGAUAUUGUAUCAUGGAACUCGAUGAUAACUGGGUUUGCGCAAAAUGGUCUAGGGCAUGAAUCACUUGUUUUUCUCAAGACGAUGCUAGAGACAAAUGUAAGACCCAACCAUGUCACAUUUCUUGGUGCUCUAUCUGCUUGCAGCCACACAGGUCUAGAUGUUGAAGCGCUUUGGAUUUUCAAUACAAUGGAAAAGGAUUACAGCCUUCAACCAAGAUCCGAUCACUACGCUAUUUUGGUUGAUCUGCUCGGGAGGAAAAACAGACUUGAGGAAGCCAUGGAGUUAAUAGAGAGUGUCUCGAACCAAUCAAACCAUGUUGGAAUGUGGGGUGCACUUUUGGGUGCAUGCAAAGUCCAUGGUAAUCUAGUUAUUGCCCGAAAAGCUGUGGAUGCUCUAUUGAAUUUGGAACCCCGAAAUGCUGCGAGGUAUGUGAUGUUAUCAAGCAUAUAUGCUGCAACUAACAGAUGGGAUGAUUCCUGCGGAGUAAGGAAGCAAAUGGAGGAGAGAGAUUUGACAAAAGAUGUGGCAAACAGUUGGAUUGAGGUAAAGAAUGAAAUGCACAAAUUUCCAGCAAAGGACCAAUUCCACUAUCAGAUAGGAGACAUAUACAAAGUGCUCGGGAAACUAGCAUAUCAUAUGAAGGAAGCUGGGUAUGUUCCUGAACCCAACUUUAGGCUCAUCUUAGAUGAUGAUAAUGAUGGUGGGUAAUGAAUGAGAAGUGUUUAGACGGAAGAUGCUGGAGAAAAAUAGAAGGCUACAGCUCCCAGGAAGGAUUCAUGGUCCACCGAAAAUCGGGCAUCAUGAAAGCCUCUCAUUGUACCUGGAGGUUUUGCGUGAGGUUGGUGGAGAUUGCUUGGAUGCUAUCUGGUAGUGGCAUUCUGUGUACAUAUUUUCAGAUUCUGACCUCAUUGUUGCUUGAAAAAUGGAUUCCCUCCACCUUGCCAUUUUUCGUUCUUUUGGAUGCUAAAGCAUGACCAGAUCCUUUUUUUUUUUUUUUUUUUGAAAAUGGUUAUGUCCGUGAUUGCAGAAGUUUUCCCUCAAGUUAAACAUGAUGUCCCUGACCAGGGCGUGACCUGGAACUUCUCUCAGAACUAUAUACAGCUCGAAGCUCCAUACUUGUCAUUGUUCCUGUGAUUUCUUGUCAGGCUUCUGCUUCAGCAAGGAAGCAGUUUAGAGCCAAUGAUUUUCCACAAAGUGGUGACGAAAGGUCUAACUUGUACAUAUCUGGGAUGGAGUUCCAUUCUUUGUUUUGUUCUCAGUGAGUGUUUAUUGUUCUUCAAGAAUUCAGGAAAGUUUGUGCAUGGUCAAAAGAGGUUGUGGCUUAUGAUUCUUAUAGUUGUAGCUGAUGGUUUCAUCAUUUUCCUGUGGGAUUGGUUAGGAGCGACCUGUAUUUGUGGUGUUGGUCUGCUUCCAACAAUAGAAAUUACCUCAGGAUUUGACUGUAGACGUACAACUCAUGGUAUUUCUUCUACAUCUUGACAUAACUACAUAAAAAAACCGGAGUGGAUUUUUGAAUCAUGCUAAGAAGAGACGUAUAUGUUGACAGAA